AUGUUGGCCUCAAGAUUAUCGAGAGCUCUUCCCCGAGCUACAUCUUCCGCCACACGAUCACAAACCCUUUUCCGUAAACCACUGGGUUCGUCGUUUGUUCGAAGAUAUGCAGAUGAUGCCGACAAGAAGGUCCGGGGCCCAGUCAUUGGUAUUGACUUGGGUACCACCAACUCUGCUGUAGCCAUCAUGGAGGGACAGACAGCCAAGAUUAUCGAGAACUCUGAAGGUGCUCGAACAACACCUUCGGUAGUCGCAUUCGCACAAGAUGGAGAGAGAUUGGUUGGUGUCUCUGCCAAGCGUCAAGCAGUUGUAAACCCAGAGAACACUCUCUUCGCCACCAAGCGUCUCAUCGGCAGAAAAUUCACAGAUGCUGAAGUUCAACGGGACAUUAAGGAGGUCCCUUACAAAAUUGUUCAACACAGCAACGGAGAUGCUUGGGUUUCGGCUCGAGGCGAGAAGUAUUCUCCAUCUCAAAUCGGUGGAUUCGUCCUGCAAAAGAUGAAGGAGACUGCAGAGUCUUACCUCACCAAGCCAAUCCAGAACGCCGUCGUCACCGUCCCUGCUUAUUUCAACGACUCCCAGAGACAAGCUACCAAGGAUGCUGGUCAAAUCGCUGGUCUCAACGUCCUUCGUGUUGUCAAUGAACCCACUGCCGCCGCUCUUGCUUACGGUCUUGAGAAGGAUGAGGACAAGAUCAUCGCAGUCUACGAUCUUGGUGGAGGAACUUUCGAUAUCUCAGUUCUCGAGAUACAAAAGGGCGUUUUCGAGGUCAAGUCCACCAACGGUGAUACCCACUUGGGAGGUGAAGAUUUCGAUAUCCACUUGGUCCGCCACUUGGUUCAACAAUUCAAGAAGGAUUCUGGCCUCGAUCUCUCGAGCGAUCGUAUGGCCAUCCAGAGAAUUCGUGAAGCUGCAGAGAAGGCCAAGAUCGAGCUGUCAUCUUCUAUGCAAACCGAUAUCAACCUUCCCUUCAUUACCGCUGAUGCCUCUGGACCAAAACACAUUAACAUGAAGCUUUCCCGUUCACAACUCGAGAAGCUGGUCGAGCCAUUGAUCAGCCGCACCGUGGACCCUGUACGAAAGGCUUUGAAGGAUGCCAAUCUCAAGGCAACCGACAUCCAGGAAGUCAUCUUAGUUGGUGGUAUGACCCGCAUGCCAAAGGUUGCCGAGUCCGUGAAGAGCAUCUUUGGUAGAGACCCUGCCAAGUCAGUCAACCCUGAUGAGGCUGUCGCCAUGGGUGCUGCUAUUCAAGGAGGUGUCCUUGCUGGCAACGUCACCGAUGUCCUUCUGUUGGAUGUUACUCCUCUCUCACUUGGUAUUGAGACGCUCGGAGGUGUCUUCACGCGUCUGAUCAACAGAAAUACCACCAUCCCAACCAAGAAGUCACAGGUCUUCUCAACUGCUGCCGAUUUCCAGACUGCUGUAGAGAUCAAGGUUUACCAGGGUGAGCGUGAACUUGUUCGUGACAACAAGAUGCUCGGCAACUUCCAGCUUACUGGCAUUCCACCUGCACACCGAGGUGUUCCCCAAGUCGAGGUCACAUUUGACAUCGAUGCCGAUGCCAUUGUUCACGUACACGCUAAGGACAAGUCCACCAACAAGGAUCAAUCUAUUACCAUUGCCUCUGGCUCUGGUCUUUCCGAUGAGGAGAUCCAGAACAUGGUCGAUGACUCUGAGCGAUAUGCCGAGCAAGAUAAGGAGCGAAAGGCAUCCAUCGAAGCUGCCAACCGCUCUGACAGCGUUCUCAAUGAUACCGAGAAGGCCUUGAACGAGUUCGCAGACAGACUUGACAAGACUGAGGUUGACCAAAUCCGUGAGAAGAUCACGACUCUUCGUGAAUUUGUCAGCAAGAGCCAGUCCGGCGAGGGUACCGCUACUGCCGCCGAGCUGAAGGAGAAGACUGACGAGCUCCAAAUGGCGAGCUUGAACUUGUUCGACAAGAUGCACAAGGCUCGUGCUGAGUCAGGCGAGACAUCUGAGCCUAAGCCAGCGGAGGGUGAGCCCACAGAGGGCGAGAAGAAGCCGUGA